CGGACGCCCUGUGCGUCUCGCCGCUGGGCUGCUUCGAGCCGGCUGUGGGCGAGGAGGCCGAGGAGGCGGACGAGGACGCGGCGGCUCUGGAGCUCAGCCGCAAACUGCAGCGCAAGAAGGAACGCGCCGGUCAGCCGCGCCCGGGGGCUCGACAGAAGGUGGCUGCCGCCAAGCUGUUGGAGAUGCAGAAGGCCGGCAAGCAGGCCAGCUUCCUCUCCAGCCUGCACUGCUACCUGGAAGUUUGUGUGAACAGCGGCCUGGUGAACAGGGCCUACAACACGCUGCUGUACUACCGCAACCUCAGCCGCAACUUCCACCGCACCACGGACGUGCGGGACGUGCGGCUCCACAACACGCUGCUGGCUGGCUUCGCCAAGAAGGGCCAGCUGGACCGCGUCUCGGACGUGCUGAAGGUGAUGCGGGACGACCUGGUGGCGCCAGACGCCGAGAGCUACGCGCUGGUGUUCCAGUGCCUGGGCCGGCAGCCGAAGACGACGGAGAACGUCCGGUUUGCCCGCGGUCUGCUUCAGGAGAUGGACGAGGCGGGUGUCCGCCUGAGGGACGCCAACGGUCUGUCGCUGGGUGGAACCAACCGCGCGCUCGCCCUCAAAGCGCUGAGCUGGGCCGACCAGGGCCGGGCCCGCGCCUGGCCCACCACCCCCGUCCACUACGACUGCUCGCUGCUGACCCACCUCAACGCUGACCUGGACACGCAUCAGGUGGAGUCGCCGGCUCUGGGUGUGAAGCUGGAGCGGCCGUACAGCGAGCUGGCUCGAGAGCAGAUCAGCAACGAGCUGGCCGGCACGGUCACCGUGGCGAGCGUGUACCGCCCGAGCGAUGAGCCGCUGCCCCGCUCCAGGGAGCACAGUAACGCGUACAUGUCCCGUCUGGAGGCCGACUGGGAGAAGAGCCUGACGGCCGGCUUCCACCGCAACCUGGGACCCGUACGCCAGCAGUACCACAGCAACCAGAUGAGCCGCUGCAUCAGCCUCUACCCCUACCUCACCGGCAUGGAGGUGCGCGAGUACGUGCGCCUGAUGAUGACGGAGAUCCAGGGUCACCUGUCCAACUCGGCCCAGCAGCUGCUGGGCAGGAGCUCGCUGCAUCGUCGGCUCGGCGAACUCGCCAUGAAGCGGUACCAGAGCCACGUGAAGCAGAGCUCGGGUCUGGUGGACCGUCUGAUGGAGGUGUACGGUGUGUACCUGGACUGGUACGGUCGGGCCGAUGCCCCGGGCUACACGCCUCGACAGCGCUGGAGCCGCGUGGUGGCCGAGCACCGCUCAACCACAGACCUGGAGUACCGCGACAGAGGCUGGUCGCCCGUUAUCAUCAGCAGCAUCGGACAGUUCCUCUACAAGCUGAUCCUGCACGACGUGAAGAUUGACCCCAGCAUCACCAAGCUUGCCCGUCUUACCGAGCACCCGAUCCCGGCGUUCUACACGGUGUUCCGCCAGGACGGCGCCCGUCACCGGGAGGUGGUGAAGCCGCACCCGGCGCUGGCGCGCUUGUACCGGGCCACGCGCCGCCACCAGAUCACGUUCGACACGAACCUGGUGCCGAUGGUGUCGCCGCCGCUGCCCUGGGUGUCGGCGCGCUCCGGCGGCUACCUCAUGUCCUCGUCGCCGCUGAUGCGCAUCAGGGCGUCUGGCCAGGCGAGCUCGCAGCUGAAGCGGCUGGAGGAGACGCCCACCCAGCAGCUGUAUCCGGUGCUGGACUCGCUGAACCAGCUGGGAGCCGUCCCCUGGAUCAUCAACCAGCAGGUACUGGACGUCGUGCUGCACUUAUUCAACAACAACGGCUGUGCCGAGCUGGACAUCCCGGCGCCGGUGACGCAGCUGCCGCCGCUGCCUACGCUGGACAGCACCAUGACGCCCGCCGAGAAGCACCAGGUGAAGCAGCAGCGGGCUCAGAUGAGUCGCCGAAAAGCAGAGCAGUUCAGCCUCUGGUGCGACGCGCUCUACAAACUCAGUCUGGCCAAUCACUUUCGCGAGCGCGUGCUGUGGCUGCCACACACGGUGGACUUCCGCGGGCGCGCCUACCCCUGCCCGCCCCACCUCAGCCACCUGGGCUCCGACCUGUCGCGCUCGCUGCUCAAGUUCGCCCGGGGCAAGCCGCUCGGUCAGAAGGGACUCGACUGGCUCAAGGUGCACCUGAUAAACCUGACGGGCGUGAAGAAGCGAGAGCCGACGUCGGAGCGGCUGCGCUACUGCGACGAGGUUCUGGACGACGUUCUGGACUCGGCCGACCGGCCGCUGACGGGCCGAGGCUGGUGGCGGCGCUCGGAGGAGCCGUGGCAGACGCUGGCCUCCUGUCAGGAGCUGGCCGCCGCGCUGCGCUCGGCCGAGCCGACCGCCUUCGUCAGCCACCUGCCCGUCCACCAGGACGGCUCCUGUAACGGGCUGCAGCACUACGCGGCACUGGGCCGCGACACGGCCGGCGCUGCCAGCGUCAACCUGGCGCCGGCCGACCGGCCGCAGGACGUCUACAGCGGCGUGGCCGUGCUGGUGGAGCAGCAGCGCCAGAAGGACGCCAGCGAGGGCCUGCCGAUCGCCGCCGCGCUCGACGGCUUCGUGCGCCGCAAGGUCGUCAAGCAGACGGUCAUGACCACCGUGUACGGCGUCACACGCUACGGCGCUCGCCUGCAGAUCGCCAAACAGCUCAACAAUAUCCCGGACUUCCCGAAAGAGCACGUGUGGCAGGGCUCCCUCUACCUGGUGACGCGCACGUUCCUAAGCCUGCAGCAGAUGUUCACUGCCGCCAAGGAGAUCCAGGACUGGUUCACCGAGUGCGCGCGCGUCGUGUCGUCGGUGCGCGGCGAGUCGGUGGAGUGGGUGACGCCGCUCGGCCUGCCCGUCGUCCAGCCCUACUUCCGGCAAAACAACAAGCCGGCCAGCCGGCCGCUCGGCGACACGGGUCGCAUGAGCUCGCCCCACUUCUACCACGAGGCCUACGACCGGCCAAACGCCAUGAAGCAGCGGAACGCUUUCCCUCCCAACUUCAUCCACUCGCUGGACUCGUCACACAUGAUGCUGACCUCGCUGCACUGCCAGCAUGCUGACAUCACCUUCGUGUCCGUCCACGACUGCUACUGGACCCACGCCGCCUCCGUCGACGCCAUGAACAAGGUGUGCCGGGAGCAGUUUGUGGCGCUGCACAGCCGGCCGCUUCUGCAGGAGCUGGCCGAGGGCCUGCUGGGCCGGUUCGGCUACCCGUCGGAUGGCCGGCUGCCGGAGCCGGCCUCGCACAGCCGCCUCAACAGCGUACUGGCGGCCGUGCCCGAGCAGGGCGACUUCGACCUGCGCCGAGUGCUCGAGUCGGUCUACUUCUUCAGCUGAGCCGCGUCGGCCGCGUCGCCGGCCGCCGUGCACCUCGGCUGAGCCUUGACGCUUGUCGCGCUGCCCGCGACUGGGCUGUGCCUGUAGUCAUGGUUGUGUGUGAGCUGAGAGUCAUGGUGGGAGCUGUCCGAGCGUGUUGGGCGUGGUCCGUUGAUCCGGCAUGUUGCUGCAUAAUCCACUGUGUUCACUGGUGACGAGACGCCGCGUUGUGUCGUGGAACAACUUAGCUGUGUCGGCAGCUGCGUGAGCAUUUACAGAUUGGUGGAGCUGAGACGCGGUGCUAGUUCGAAAUCGGACGUCUUAUUUGAGGCAAUCGGGGAACCUGUCAUGGUAGGUCCUCGCAGGCAUGAUGGCUGAGCGAUCAGCUCCCUCCGCUCAAACCUGGCAGGUCAGGCCUGGUAGGUGUCCGGCGUACUUGAUAUUGACCGCGUGUCCGGCGGUCUGAAGGGAAGCGACACAUCUGUUCGCGCGCCGUCUCUGGAUUGCCGGUGGCUGUGAGGGUCAUAGCACCCAGGGGUCUGGGUGCAGCAGAGGUUCCAGCCCGCGUCACAUGAAAGUCGAGGGCUCCAACGACUUGGCCGUUAUGUCCCCUGGAUGCCCAGCUGUGUCUGUGUCUGUUGCGAACGUGUCUGUUGCGAUUGUAAACUGGAGUGCAUUGGUUGCGUUUUACGUUUUGUAAUUUGCCAUGUGCGAGGCAGAACAAACAUGCCAGUCCAGUAACAGCGUAGCGAUCAUGGAUAUGAUGAGGUGCGGCGUGGUCUGCAGUCAAGAUAUGCGUUUCAGCUCGAGCACUUCGAGCUCUUUUUCUGGGCAUCAUCCCUGCCGAGGCGUGAGAUGC